AUGGCGAAGAAGACGGCGCUGCCUGUGCUCGACGACAACAAGGCCUGGAGACGACGGCUAGUAAUUUGCUGUGAUGGUACCUGGCAAUCCAGCGUCAGCAGCAAAAAUAACAUACCUUCUAAUGUCACGAGACUCUGUCGCCUGAUCGCGCGUGUUGGCGCAGACAAGGACGACGUUUCGAAGAAAUUCCAUCAGAUCGUCUAUUAUGACUCUGGAAUAGGGACUGGAAACCUGAGCGCCUCUGAAGCCCGACGACAAGGCGGCACAGGAGCUGGCCUAGCGGAAAACGUUAUUGAGGCGUACAACUUCAUCGUACAGAAUUAUGAGCCGGGGGAUGAAAUCUUCUGCUUUGGGUUCUCGAGAGGUGCUUACACGGCGCGUGCGGUCGCUGGGCUGGUCUCGGAUAUUGGCGUCAUUGCACCAACCAGUAUGCAAUUCUUUCCAGAACUGUAUCGUCUUUACCAGACGAACGAGGAAGGCGUCGAGUUCAGGGAAACAGAAGCAUGGAAGUGGUUCACCGAGGGCAAGCUCAGCAAAAAAGGGGAAGAGAUGGAGAAAAUCGGUAUUGACGUCAGAAAGACUGGCUUGGAUGAUCUUCGACUAUUGACUGAAGUUUGGGAGAUUCGACCGCAUGGUGAGCUCGCAGUCAGCGAGGACAGCAGGAAGGUAAAAGUGGUGGGCGUUUGGGAUACUGUCGGCUCAUUAGGUGUACCGGACGUGAUUGGUCUUAAUCUGGCAUCCAAAAGGACGAAGUUCGGGUUUCAUAAUGUCAAGCUGACGGAGAACAUCGAACAUGCAUAUCAGGCAUUGGCUUUAGACGAGCGUCGCAGGGCUUUCCGCCCAACUCUCUGGUACAUUCCCCAGGAUCUUGUCGACGAUCCGGACCGGCCAACACCGGAGUUGAAACAGGUUUGGUUUCCGGGUGUUCAUACGAACUGCGGCGGUGGUUCGCAAGACGCUUUCGGUGACAUGAAGGGAGAUUCAGAAAACAUCUCCACAGCAACCCUCUGCUGGAUGCUCCAAGUCAUCUCUCCUCACCUUACCAUUGACCGGCAUGCCUUUUCUCUCUUCAUGUCCCAGUACACACGCUGGCUCUUCCGCAUCCGCUACGCUUGCACCUACCACCACGAGAGCUCCUUUGAGAAAUUUGUGAACAAGCUACCAAAAUUGCCCACCCUUAGUCUCGGCAACGACGAACUCAAGCCUCCACGACGUGAUCCUCCACAUGAACAUACCAACUUCGAUUUCAGCUGGGGCACAGGGCCUCUCGUAGACUCGUACGGUGGAUUCUACCACUUCCUCGGAGCGCGUGCACGUAAGCCCGGCCACGAAGAAGUCGAAAUAUACGACGCCGAAAAGAAAGCACAGAAAUGGACCAAACUACGCGACCUAGGCGAUACCAAUGAAUAUAUCCAUCCCAUCGCCUACUACCGCAGUCUCGUACGCGGCUGGGACAAACACUCCCCCCUCAAGAAGAAGUGGAAUCGCGAUAACUGGCGCAGUACGAGGGAUGAUAUGAUGAGGUUUUGGUGGUACAUGGAUGGCGAACAGGACACGUGUGCGAUACCCGAGUGGGCAAUGAUGCCUGAUGGGCUGGGAGAAGAGUAUAAUUUCGAAAGGAUGUGGUACAAUGAGUGUGAGAAGACUGCGAAGACGGUAUAUAACGGGGCUCCUGUAGAGGAUUUUGGAGGCAAGGACUUUUUGGAGGGGUUGGAUGGAAAGAUCGAUUUUGCUUUUGAUGAUAGGCCUCAGAAUGUUUGGCCUUGA